AUGGGCACACAUAAGGCGGAACUUGCCCAAUGGAGGGCUUUGGCAGAGCGGCAGGUGGCGGAGGUGGCGUAUGUGAAGGCGACGGCGGCGCACUCGGAGGCGCGCAUCAACGACCUCGAGCUGGCGCUCGCCGCGCUCAAGGACGGCGGCGCGGGGAGGAGCCGCGACGAGCGCAAGGAGGGCAGCGCGGGAAAGCAUGAGGGGCCUGAGAGGCGGCGCGAGGGGAAGAAGCGGAAGCGGGAGGCGACGGGGAAAAAGGAGGGGUUGGUGGAUGCGGCUGGACAUGCUUUGGUUGCAACUGGUGGUGUCCUGCCAGUUGAAACGGGGAAUGAGGUGGAAAGGCAGGCCGCAGCGCAAGGGGUGGGGAAUAGUAGUGCUACGUGCGACACAGAGGCAGAGCUGAAGGGGCUCAGGACGCGAGUGGAAGCUCUGGAGGCAAUGAGCGUUGUAGGAGGAAGGACGUGGGAGUGCGUACACGCUGACUCGGACGCUGACAUGGCUGCUGCCGCAGAGGGCAUGUGGAGUAACAGGGGAGGGAGAGAGCGUGUGGCCAGUGGUGGGGAGAGAGAGUAUGGUGCGCAGAGGCAUAUGGUGAAUGAGGGGCAUGAGCAGGAAGUCAGACCAUCCCAUGCCAUCACACACCCCAUCCAAUGCAUCCACGUGGGGGCAGCCCACCAUCCCGUCGCCUUCCCGCUCUCCCUCAUGCGCCCUGACGCCCACGUCGUCGCCUUCCCCCUGCUCCCAAACGCCCCCCCUCUGCCUCAUCCGUUCAUGUCAGAGACACUGCUGCUGCCCCACAGGCAGCAGCUGCUGCCACGGGAGGUGGUGAACGGGUCUGAGGUGGGGCAGGGCAUGGCGCUGUAG